CCCCGGCGCGGCGCACUCCCCGCCGGUCGCUGCCUGACACGCCGUGCGGCCCCCCAGUCUCCCGCGGCUGCCUCCCCCAGGCAUGGCACAGGGCCUCGCCUCACUAUGGCAGCAGCACGGCACAGCACGCUCGACUUCAAGCUCGGCGCCAAAGCUGAUGGCGAGACCGUUCUAAAAGGCCUCCAGUCCAUUUUCCAGGAGCAGGGGAUGACGGAGUCGGUGCACACCUGGCAGGACCAUGGCUAUUUAGCAACCUACAUAAACAAAAACGGCAGUUUUGCCAGUUUGAGAAUUUACCCACAUGGAUUGGUGUUGCUGGACCUUCAGAGUUACGACAGUGAUGAGCAAGGCAAAGAAGUUGACAGUCUUUUGAAUAAAGUAGAAGAAAGAAUAAAAGAAUUGAUUCAGGACAGUACUGGGCGGGUGAAGCGAUUGCCACCCAUAGUUCGAGGAGGGGCCAUCGACAGAUACUGGCCCACUGCUGAUGGCCGCCUGGUUGAGUACGACAUAGAUGAAGUGGUGUAUGAUGAAGAUUCAACUUAUCAGAACAUUAAAAUUCUACACUCGAAGCAGUUUGGAAAUAUUCUCAUCCUUAAUGGGGAUGUUAAUUUGGCAGAGAGUGAUUUGGCGUAUACCCGGGCCAUCAUGGGCAGUGGCAAAGAAGAUUACACUGGCAAGGAUGUACUGAUUCUGGGAGGUGGAGAUGGGGGCAUAUUAUGUGAAAUAGUCAAACUGAAACCAAAGAUGGUCACUAUGGUAGAGAUUGACCAAAUGGUGAUUGAUGGAUGUAAGAAAUACAUGCGAAAAACGUGUGGCGACGUCUUAGACAAUCUUAAAGGAGACUGCUAUCAGGUUCUAAUAGAAGACUGUAUUCCAGUACUGAAGAGGUACGCCAAAGAAGGGAGAGAGUUUGAUUAUGUGAUUAAUGAUUUGACAGCUGUUCCAAUCUCCACAUCUCCGGAAGAAGAUUCCACAUGGGAGUUUCUCAGACUGAUUCUUGACCUCUCAAUGAAAGUCCUGAAGCAGGAUGGGAAAUAUUUUACACAGGGGAACUGUGUCAACUUGACGGAAGCCCUGUCACUCUAUGAAGAACAGCUCGGGCGCCUGUAUUGUCCUGUGGAAUUCUCAAAGGAGAUCGUCUGUGUCCCUUCAUACCUGGAAUUGUGGGUAUUUUACACUGUUUGGAAGAAAGCUAAACCUUGAAGAUCCAUGUCCCCGAAUCAUGUGUGCUGCAAAUAGCCUUCCUGACCUUCACAUGCUGUACAUGACAUCGAAACGCGUCAGGCAAUUGAUUGUGAAUUCCUUCAAGUUUUCGUUUUUAAUAAUUAUUUUUAAUUUAAAAAAGCAAAUGGAAAAAUGUAUAUUUUGAUGAGCUAGGGUGUUAUUUUUUUGAAAGUCAGCUGAAGGAUGAUUAGACAGCACAGCGAAGGCUGCUAAAUGCACUGAACCCCUAGAAUGUGAUUUUUGUUACUUUUUUCUGUGUGGGCUUUUUUUGUUUUUGUUUUGGUAGACUUUGAAUUUGGUUGUUUGGAGGAAUGAACAUCAUUCUUUUGUUCUGGAGGGAAGUUCUUGAUGGUGUUUCUUUCCCAAAAAAUUGACUUAGAUAUUAAAAUUUGGUGCUUAUAAGAAGUAAAAAGAAAUGAAUAGCAAUGCUUUGAUUAAAAUUACAAAUGAGAAA